UGUCUCUCUCUCCGCCUCUGUGUGUGUGUGUCUCUCUCUCUCUCAGUCUGUGUGUGUGUGUGUGUGUUUCUCUCUCUCUCUCUCAAUUCCCCACCCACUGAGCUGUGCUCAUUAAUAAUCUGAGACCUCUGUUUUUCGCUCUCUCGCUCUCUCUCUCUCUGUCUCUCUCUCUUGGUGUGUGUGUGUGUGUUUGUGUCUGUCUCUGUCUGUCUCUCUCUCUCUCUGUGUCUGUGUGUGUGUCUGUCUCUCUCUUGGUCUGUGUGUGUGUGUCUCUCUCUCUCUGUCUCUCUCUUGGUCUGUGUGUGUGUGUCUCUCUCUCUCUGUCAGUCUCUGUCUCUCUCUCGGUGUGUGUGUGUCUGUCUGUCUGUCUCUCUCCCUCUCGGGGUGUGUGUGUGUGUGUGUCUGUCUCUCUCUCUCCCUCUCGGUGUGUGUGUGUGUCUCUCUCUCUGUCUCUCUCUCUCUCUCAGUCUGUGUGUCUCUCUCUGUCUCUCUCAGUCUGUGUGUGUGUCUCUCUCUCUGUCUCUCUCUCUCGGUCUGUGUGUGUGUGUGUGUCUCUCUCUCUCUGUCUCUCUCGGUCUGUGUGUGUGUGUCCCUCUCUCUCUCUCUGUCAUUUCCCCACCCACUGAGCUGCGCUCAGUCCCUGUGCUUAUUAAUAAUCCGAGCCCUCUCUGUUUCUCUCUCUCUCCCUCUCUCUCUCUCUCGUUCUCUCUCUCUGCACCGGCAGAGUCUGCACCGAGCCAUGAACAGUUUCUUCAGCCUGCAGCUCCCCAACCGUCAGGACCAAGACGAGGAGGAGGAAGAUGACGAGGAGGGGGCCUAUGGCGCCAGGCUCAUCCCCCGCUCCUCCCCCGUCCCCCGCAAGCGCUCGUUCUCUGGCGAGGAGCUGGGCGAGGUGCCCCUGGGUCGCAAGGUCUCCUUUGCCGAUGCCCGGGGCCUGGAGUUGGCGCGGGUCUGCGUCUUCCAGCAGUACCCUGAGGUGGGCGAGGAGGGCGAGGAGUGGGAUGCCCGCCCGGCGCCCGUCUUCCGGCUGUGCCCGGCCUUCGACCGGGAGCUCGCAGCGCCGCGGCUGCUCGAGCGGGUGAGGCGGCACAAGGUGGAGCUGGAGAGCGUGCGGGGCUCGGCAGAUGACCCGCUCACCGUGGAGUGCCAGGCCCGGGUCCUCAACCUGGCCUACCAGAAGUCGGUGCAGGCCCGCUGCACGCUAGACGAGUGGAGCAGCCACUACCAGCUGCCGGCCGAGUACGUGCCUGGCGCCGCUGACGGUGCCGGGGACCGCUUUGCCUUCCGCCUCUCCUACCCGGCGGCCGGCGCCCGCGAGGGGGCCCGCCUCCACUUCGUGCUGCGCUACGAGACCCCCGGAGGGGUUUACUGGGCCAACAACGCAGGGGCUAACUACACCCUGGUCUGCCGGGCCAUUGAGGAGGAGGAGGGAGAGGAGGAGGGGGAGUCUGCACCCCUACACAGCCCGGGCCUCCCCCUCAGGAGCUGCCUCAAGGUGACGCCGUGGAGGUACGAUGAGGAGGAAGAGGACAUCGAGGGAGCCGAGUGGGACAGCCGAGAGAGGACCAACGACGACGCCAAGCCUUCCCGGCCCCAUGAUUGGACGGUGCAGGUGCCCGAGUUGCGGGUGAUGGAUCCUGAUCCCGACGGACUCUCCCAUCCCAGCUCCGGCCUCCGGGAUCACCCGACCGAGGGAGGGCCCCCGGGCCUGAAGGGGGCGGCGCUGGAGGAGGAGGAGGAGGAGGAGGAGGAAGAGGAGGCCGAGAAAGGGCCUCCAGGCCUGAAGGGGGCAACAGAGGUGGAGGAAGCUGAGAAAGGCCCUCCAGGCCUGAAGGGGGCAGCGGAGGAGGAGGCUGGGCCUGAAGGAGAGCCUCCGAUCCUGAAGGGGACAGCACAGGAGGAGCAGGCCAAGGGAUGGCCUCCAGGCCUGAAGGGGGCAGCAGAGGAGGAAGAGGCCGAAGGAUGGCCUCCAGGCCUGAAGGGGGCAGCAGAGGAGCAGGCCGAGGGAUGGCCUCCAGGCCUGAAGGGGGCAGCAGAGGAGCAGGCCGAGGGAUGGCCUCCAGGCCUGAAGGGGGCAGCACAGGAGGAAGAGGCCGAGAAAGGGCCUCCAGGCCUGAAGGGGGCAGCAGAGGAGGAGGCCGAGGGAUGGCCUCCAGGCCUGAAGGGGGCAACAGAGGAACAGGCCGAGGGAUGGCCUCCAGGCCUGAAGGGGGCAGCACAGGAGGAGGCCGAGGGAUGGCCUCCAGGCCUGAAGGGGGCAGCAGAGGAGGAAGAGGCCGAAGGAUGGCCUCCAGGCCUGAAGGGGGCAGCAGAGGAGCAGGCCGAGGGAUGGCCUCCAGGCCUGAAGGGGGCAACAGAGGAGGAAGAGGCCGAGGGAUGGCCUCCAGGCCUGAAGGGGGCAGCAGAGGAGGAGGCCGAGGGAUGGCCUCCAGGCCUGAAGGGGGCAACAGAGGAACAGGCCGAGGGAUGGCCUCCAGGCCUGAAGGGGGCAGCACAGGAGGAGGCCGAGGGAUGGCCUCCAGGCCUGAAGGGGGCAGCAGAGGAGGAAGAGGCCGAAGGAUGGCCUCCAGGCCUGAAGGGGGCAGCAGAGGAGCAGGCCGAGGGAUGGCCUCCAGGCCUGAAGGGGGCAACAGAGGAGGAAGAGGCCGAGGGAUGGCCUCCAGGCCUGAAGGGGGCAGCAGAGGAGGAGGCUGAGGGAUGGCCUCCAGGCCUGAAGGGGGCAACAGAGGAACAGUCCGAGGGAUGGCCUCCAGGCCUGAAGGGGGCAGCAGAGGAGGAGGCCGAGGGAUGGCCUCCAGGCCUGAAGGGGGCAGCAGAGGAGGAGGCCGAGGGAUGGCCUCCAGGCCUGAAGGGGGCAGCAGAGGAGGAGGCCGAGGGAUGGCCUCCAGGCCUGAAGGGGGCAGCAGAGGAGGAGGCCGAGGGAUGGCCUCCAGGCCUGAAGGGGGCAACAGAGGAACAGGCCGAGGGAUGGCCUCCAGGCCUGAAGGGGGCAGCAGAGGAGCAGGCCGAAGGAUGGCCUCCAGGCCUGAAGGGGACAGCAGAGGAACAGGCUGAGGAAUGGCCUCCAAGCCUGAAGGGGGCAGCACAGGAGGAGGAGACCGAGGAAUGGCCUCCAGGCCUGAAGGGGGCAACAGAGGAGGAGGCCGAGAAAGGGCCUCCAGGCCUGAAGGGGGCAGCACAGGAGGAGGUGGUCCCGUCGCUCAGGCCCGAGGCCCGGGCCUGGCGUCCGCCCGGCGAUGGGAAAGCCGAAACGGGGGAGGGGGAGUGGGAGGGCCGCUCUGCCCGUCUCUACGCGGUGCCUGGCCUGCAUGUGGUGGGGGCCUGUCACAGGGAGGAGGAGGAGGAGGUGGGCGAGGAGGGUGGGCCCAUCGAGGCCUACCAGGCCGCGCCAAAGCCUGGCCCUGACCUGGAGUCGCUGGCCACUCUGGGCCAGUCGCUGGGGGCCGCGCUGAGGGUGACCGAGCUCCUGGUGCUCCUCGCUGUCGCCCUGAGCAACUCCAGCUCCCUCAUCUGGUGCACCCUCUACCUCUUCGCCCGGCUCUUCACUUAG